AUGUCGGCCCAUCGCUUGCUGCGGCUUGCUGCUUCUCUGUGCCUCCCUCUACGGCAACGCGGCGGGCCCUCGAAUGGAAUUGGAAAUUGGUCAUUCCAGCCAAUGCCCAGCAAUUGGGCCCGUGACUGCCCGAACAGGGGUGCGGCUAAGUGCUACAACUGUGGUGGCGAGGGUCACAUGAGCCGUGACUGCCCUGAGGGUCCCAAAGACACCAAGACCUGCUACCGUUGCGGCCAGCCCGGUCACAUCUCGCGUAACUGCCCGACCGACGGCGGCGGCGGCCACUCUGGUGGCCAGUCUGGCGCUGAGUGCUACAAGUGCGGUGAGAUCGGUCACAUCGCUCGCAACUGCAGCAAGGGCAACGCGUAUGGUGGCGGUUAUGGCGGCGGCGGCUUCGGUGGCGGUGGCUACGGCCAGAAGACCUGCUACUCGUGUGGCGGCGUCGGCCAUGUCUCUCGCGACUGCGUGAACGGCAGCAAGUGCUACAACUGCGGCGUCUCGGGCCACGUGUCGCGCGACUGCCCCAAGGAGUCGACUGGCGGCGAGAAGAUCUGUUACAAGUGCCAGCAGCCUGGCCACGUCCAGUCUCAGUGCCCCAACUAG